AUGUUCAAAAACGACAAGAGGAUGUGCUCUGCGGUGGGGAUUAUUCGACUUUUCUUUUUUUGCACUUCUGCUUUUUCUUUUUUCCUUUUUUUCCUUUUUUUUUUUUUAAUUUAUGCAAGGGGUGUGAUGAAUGCGUGGUUUUAUGCGACUCAAGCGAAGUGCGAGGUGGUGUUUGAGAUGAAACUCGCACUUUACGAAGAAGCCUGCGCUUUCCUGGAAUCGAGUUGCCAUCAUGAUGCUGGCGAUGACGGCGACGGUGGUAUUAGUGGAGACGGGGCGGAGGCCGCCGAGUUGCUCCCACAGCUGCUGCUUAUGGAGAAGAUGCGACUCGAAGGGCCACUCAAACCCCCCAAGAGAACGGGCUUCUUGGACACGAUUGAAGAGCAGUUAAACGCCGUAUAUAAUGGGCUGGAGGAGGGAUACAAUCUGAAUGCCGAGGAUACACGGGUCUUUGGACACGCGGUGUUCCCCCCACAUGUGGUGACUGGCACCGAUGUGUCGGAUUCAGGCACGGGUUCCAGCGUUGGGCCGCAGCUCUACGGGGAACUCACUUCAAAGGGAGUUCGUCAGCUCCACCGUGCCGUGCUGCAGUGCCUUGAGCGAGGUGGCAUUGUUGCCCAGAGUGAAGAAGUAAAAGUGGAGGAGCAGGGAACACAAGGCCCGCACCAACCGACUCGUCAUGCUGUCGUGGGGGUUGAUGUUGGGAGUGGGACGGGGAAAUUGUUGUUUGAGUGGUCCUUGUUGGCUCAGCGAGAUGCGAUGCUGCCGGCUCAUUGGGCACAUGUGGGUGUGGAGUUGGCGCCCUCACGAAUGCAAAUUGCCCGCCGCGCCAUGCGUGGAAGCGCGUCGCUCGUGUAUUCUCCCACAAGGCAGCGGUGGCGCGUGAAGCUGCCGUGCGGAGGUGCGGGUCAGCAGAGGGAGGAUGAGGAUGUGAAAGUUGUGUUGUGCGAGGCCGAUGUCUUCACUCCCGGGCUUCUUUCCAACGAAACAUUUGUUCCUCUUGCAGACGGCGGGACAGAAAAUGAUGCUGCACCGGGUGAUUUCAACAAGAAGUUGUCUUCUCAUCUUGUGGUGUUCUGUUGCGGCUUGGGGUUUGCAGAGCCUGCCGUUUGUGAGCUAUGUGCCUCGCUGGAGCGUAUGUGGCAGAAACCACACAUGGCGUCAUCAGCAUGGCAGUCUUUGACUUGUGUCUUCCUGCUCCGUGCCUUUACUGGGCUACGAUCAUUUCCUCUCUUUAGGUUGUGCACGGAGACGACGGGGCCUCAUGACGCGAGUGUUGGCUUCAUUUCCACCAUAAACCUGAACACAACAUGGAUGGAUGAGGCUCCUGCCUGGCUGCUGUCGUUUCGUCGUGUGUGUGACAAGUAG